UAUUUCAAAGUUGUUCUGAAAAUUAAGCUUAAAGUACACACGAUGUCGUCCAAGGUCACCCCCACACUUUGCAUGGUAGUCCUCCUCCUCUUCUUCUCAAUAACCAGCAGGGCUCGGCCAGGUCCUGGCAUUACCAAUGAUCCAGUGGAAGAGCUUGUACAUCAGGGCGUUGAUCAUGAUCAAGCUGCAGAAAAAGUGACGGUGGAGGAGAGCUGCGAAGGUGUUGGCGAAGAAGAGUGCUUAAUGAGAAGAACUCUUGCGGCUCAUAUUGAUUAUAUCUACACACAGAAGCAAAAACCAUAGAAUAAUAUCUUCUCUAAUUUCUUUCCUACUUCUGUAUUGUACCAUACAUUAUAUUUGUUGAGAGAGGCUAUAUAUAUUUUUAUUAAUUAGUUUCUGAGAAUUAUUUUCAUGUACCGUACUUCUAGUUUGUCCAUUUUGUUGGAUAUAAAUAGAGAGUAUAUAUUGUUGAUU